UUCCAUAGAGAACUACCCUGCAAGAGAGCAAGUAGCAACCUGGAAAGAAGCAACAUCGCAGGAGGGCCACUGACACGGAUCACAGCCACCCCAGGAAAGCAGAGAAAUUCCCUUGCUUGAAGACGGCAAUCUUUCCCCAGGAAGGAGGUGACAUCACAGGAGGGCCUCUGGCAUUAGGGUUUGAGGAAUAUUAAGUGAGUUAAGGCAUGCACGCAAAGGACCCAACACAGAUUCACAGACAUAGGACCUUCUUGCUGUGUGGUUAAAGUCGGAGAGAGGACGAACAACCAGAGGAAGUCCUCAGAGAUCCUAAUAAGACCAGAGAGCAUCACCAAAAAGCUGAGAGCCGUGCAGAGCGCAUCACGAGAAUCUUGUCAUGAAACCAUCACACAAGUCCUGGGAGGCUGCUCCGCUCCUCGGCAACAUGACAGAGACCUCUGUGUCCCAUUACACCCCACUGUCUUCAUCUUUCACCUCCGUCGUGUCAUACCAUACAGGCUGGAAAAUUUUACCUGAGGUCAGCAAGAAUAUUGAAAGGGCCUUGAAAGAGGGGAAGCUUCUGGAACUGGUGUCUGUGAUCAAGAAGACCGUGGCAGCAUUGUCCCAGACUCCAGUGAGCAUCGCUGUGACUGGGGACACAGGCAAUGGCAUGUCAUCCUUCAUUAAUGCACUUCGAGUCAUCGGCCAUGAGGAGGCGGCUUCGGCUCCCACUGGGGUGGUGAGGACCACCCAGACGCCGGCCUCCUAUUCUUCUUCCCACUUCCCCAACGUGGUGCUGUGGGACCUGCCUGGUACAGGGGCCACAGCACAGAGCGUGGAAAACUAUCUGAAAGAGAUGCAGUUCAGCCAGUAUGGCUUCUUCAUCAUCACUGCAUCUGAGCAGUUCAGCUCAAAUCACGUGAAGCUUGCCAAAGCCAUCCAAGAGAUGGGAAAGAGAUUCUAUGUUGUCUGGACUAAGCUGGACAGAGACCUCAGCACAAGUGUCCUUUCAGAGAUCCGGCUCCUUCAGAAUAUCCGAGAGAAUAUCCAGGAAAACCUCCAGAAGGAGAGGGUACAGGAACCCCCUAUAUUCCUGGUAUCCAACCUAGACCCUUUAUUGCAUGACUUCCCAAAGCUUAGGGACACACUGCAUAGAGACCUCUCCAACAUCAGGUGCUGUGAUCCCUUAGGAACCCUUUCCAGCAUCUGUGAGAAGAUCAUUAACGAUAAAGUGGCCUCCUGGAAGGAGACAAUAGCCAAGGGGCAUUUGAAGAAUACUCUUGAUAUCAGGAAUGAGGAUGAUUUGAGGGAGUGUCUGAAAGCUUUCCGAUUGCUCUUUGGUGUGGAUGAUGAAUCACUUCAGCAGGUGGCUCAGAGUAUGGGGACAGUGGUGAUGGAGUACAAGACCAAUAUAAAGUCCCAAGACUUGCACACUAUCCGCAGAGGGGACUGGAGACUGAAGCUGAUGACUUGUUUAUUCAUGAAUGAGCUCCUCCGCUUUCUUGGGUGUCUCCCACGCUUAUGUCACUGUGUCAUCCACCGGUUUAGACGCGUGAGACACAGACGUGUGCUUGAGUUAGUUGCCCAGGACACCAAAACCAUCCUGAGGAAAAUCCUGGAAGACUCCAUCACCCUUCCCUGAAAUCCAGAUACCCUGUUAAUGACUCAACUGCAGCAGAGGGACACUUACAGUUCGGAGGUAGAAAGAGAAAAUGGUAGUAACUGUUCCUUGGAUUCUAUUUGAUGUUGGAGCCAGGACUCAAGACUGUUCCCGCCUGCAAGGUGUUUGCCCUUCAUGCAUUCUCUGCCAGGCGCCUAAAAGGGUUAUCUUAAGAGGGAAUGAGAGUUUAUAUGAAUCAAGGUCAUGGCAAAAAGUGAUGACAUCAUCAGACAUCAAGCUGGAUCACCUGAGGAGAAUUUGCUAAGAGUAUUUCUUUCAAAUAUGUGAUCAGGGUUCAAGGAGAUUACCAGGAAAUAAUGUUAAAAAUUGAGGAAACACAGUGAAGAGCGACGUCCUCCAAGCCUGAAAGGACAAGGUUUUAGUUUGUUUUCUGGUGUCAGAACAAAAUAUCUGAGGCUGGGUAAUCUAAAAGGAAAUGAGAUUAUAACUCAGUGUCAGGGACUGAGAGAUGGCUCAGCAGUUAAGAGCGCUGGCUGCUCUUGCAGAAGAACUGGGUU